CCUCUUUCCCUACCAUUAUGCCAUGCUUAUUAGUAUUUUUUUUAACACUGCACUGAACCACCUUCCUUAUUAACCUACUACCUUUUUCAUUUUUCUUUCAUCCUUUGCUUUUCUCUUUUUCUUCAUCUUUUCUUGUCCUUUCUCCUUCUUCUCCUCAUUCCACCAUCUCUCCCUCCUUCUCUUAUAAUCAUAUUACUUUGGACUAUAUAUACGAAACAUAACUUUAUAUUUAUUUAUACAACCAGAGAAUCCAACCCCCACCUAAUAUAAAUCUCAAACCUCUCACACUUCCAAACUCUAUAACAAAAUCAAUCAACACCCAUGGAAGAAGACUCUUCCUCUGCUGCUUAUAUCCGUCUGGUGCACCGUUUGAUAGAGGAGUGUAUCUUGUUCAAUAUGAACAAAGAAGAGUGCAUGGAGGCUCUUUCUAAACAUGCAAAUAUCAAGCCUGUUAUUACUUCCACCGUUUGGAAGGAGUUAGAGAAGGAGAACCCGGAGUUUUUCGAGGCAUACUCGAGAAGCAGAGCAGAGAAAGGUUCGGGUUCUGAGAGAGAGACGAGGCAAAGGAUACAGAACAUGGUGUUAGAUUCUUCCAACCAACGAGUUUAGAUUUGAGACGCAAUCGAGAUUAAUCAUGAAUAAAAUGAAGAUGAAGGAAGCAUGUUGUUUAUGUAAUAAUAUCCUAAUCUGAGGGUAAUAGUUGCAGAACCAAACAAUAUUAGACCAUGGGACAACAUCGUAGUAUCAUCAUGUAUAUGGGCGGCAUAAAUGGCUUUAUUUGAUUUGUCCCAAGAUGUAGAAGUUUAAGUCAGCACUCUACAGUGAUUGCAGAGUGUGACAUGGCAUAUAUACAAGUCUUGUUCUGAAUAAUUUUGAAAAAAAA